AUGGCUGCGGGGAAAUUCGCGAGCCUUCCCAGAAACAUGUCGGUGAAUCACCAGUUUCCCCUGGCCUCGUCCAUGGACCUCCUGAGCAGCAAGUCUCCUCUCGCCGAUCACCGCACAGAUGCCUAUCGGGACGUGUCUAUACACGGCACCCUGCCACGGAAGAAGAAAGGGCCUCCUCCCCUCAGGUCCUGUGACAGCUUCAGUCACGCGGGCACCCUGCCCCAUUCCAGAUCCCCACGGCACAACCCACCCCUGAGCCAGGACAUUAUCCAGGAGCACCCGCGGCCGGACUGGAAAGGCGACGUCUUCACCUCCAGGGAUCAGCAACUUCUGGACCCAACUCUGGAGUAUGUGAAGUUCUCCAAGGAGAGGCACGUCAUGGACAGAACCCCCGAGAGGCUGAAGAAGGAGCUGGAGGAGGAGCUGCUGCUGAGCAGCGAGGACCUGCGCAGCCACGCCUGGUACCACGGCCGCAUCCCCCGACAGGUGUCCGAAAACCUGGUGCAGCGAGAUGGCGACUUCCUGGUCCGAGACUCCCUGUCCAGCCCCGGGAACUUCGUCCUGACCUGUCAGUGGAAGAACCUCGCUCAGCACUUCAAGAUCCAGCGGACGGUCCUCCGGCUCAGCGAGGCCUACAGCCGCGUGCAGUACCAGUUCGAGGCGGAGAGCUUCGACUCCAUCCCCGGCCUGGUGCGCUGCUACGUGGGCAACCGCCGGCCCAUCUCCCAGCAGAGUGGGGCCGUCAUCUUCCAGCCCAUCAACCGGACGGUGCCCCUGCGCUGCCUGGAGGAGCGCUACGGCACCGCCCCCGGCCUGGCCCGCGACCGCAGCCUCGUGGAGGGGCAGCCCGACGUGGCCAAGAGGCUGAGCCUCACCGCGGCCGGCGUCCAGGCCCGCGAGCCCGGCUUGUCCAGAGGAAACCUGCUCAGAAAUAAAGAGAAGAGUGGCAGCCAGCCCGCCUGCCUGGAUCACAUGCAGGACAGAAGAGCCUUAUCCCUCAAAGCCCACCAGUCGGAGAGCUACCUGCCGAUUGGCUGUAAGAUGCCCCCUCAGUCCUCGGGUGCGGACACGAGCCCCUGCCCCAACUCCCCGGUGUUCCGGACGGGCAGCGAGCCCACGCUGAGCCCGGCGGUGGCGCGGAGGGUCUCCUCGGACGCCAGGCCCGGGGAGGCGCUGCGGGGCUCGGACAGCCAGCUGUGCCCCAAGCCGCCCCCCAAGCCCUGCAAGGCGCCCCUCCUCAAGGCUCCCCCGUCUCCGUCCCCCUGGCUGCACGCCGAGGCCAAUUACUGCGAACUGAACCCCGCCACGGCGGCGGCCGCGGGCUGUGACCGGGCAGCGAGGCCGCCCCUCGGCGCCCAGGACAGCUACGUGGAGCUGCUGAAGGCCAAGCAGAACGGGGCGCCCGGCCCCCGGAACUCUGGCACAAACUACCUGAUUCUUGAUGACAAUGACAGGGCCGGGCCGGGGGCGCUCCCAGCAGCAGCAGCAGCGGAGCAGAUGGGCCGGGGGCAGGAUGCCGAGGCCGAGUUCACCAUGCCCCUCCUGGAGACGGCCUCCUCCUUCAGGCCCAACGACUUCGUGUCCAAGCUCCUCCCGCCCGAGAACAAGCCCCUGGAAACCGCGAUGCUGAAGCGAGCCAAGGAGCUGUUCACCAGCAACGACCCCAAGGUCAUCGCCCGGCACAUGCUGAGCGUGGACUGCAAGGUCGCUAGGAUUCUUGAAGUCUCGGAGGAGAUGCGGAAGAACAUGGGCGUGAGCUCAGGGCUGGAGCUCAUCACCCUGCCGUACGGCCACCAGCUGCGUCUGGACAUCAUCGAGAGACACAGCACCAUGGCCAUCGGCAUCGCCGUGGACGUCCUGGGCUGCACGGGCACGCUGGAGGACCGAGCGGCCACCCUCAAUCGGGUCAUCCAGGUGGCGGUGGAGCUGAAGGACUCCAUGGGGGACCUGUACGCGUUCUCAGCCAUCAUGAAAGCCCUGGAGAUGCCACAGAUUACAAGGCUGGAAGAAACGUGGACUGCCCUGCGGCGCCAGCACACCCAAACCGCCAUCCUCUACGAGAAGCAGCUGAAGCCAUUCAGCAAAGCUCUGCACGAGGGCCGAGAGUCCACGUGUGUCCUCCCAAACAAUAUAUCAGUCCCCCUGCUGAUGCCUCUUGUGACUUUAAUGGAACGACAGGCUGUCAUUUUUGAAGGAAUUGACACGUGGGAAAAGACUAACGAAAGCUGUGAGAUUAUGAUGAACCACUUGACAACAGCUCGACGCAUGGCAGAGGCUGCACACAGUUACCGGGUGAAUGCCGAGAGGAUCCUGGAAGGUUUUCAACCAGAUGAAGAAAUGAGUGAAAUCAUCACGACUGAAUUUCAAAUGCGAUUGCUCUGGGGCAGCAAAGGUGCGCAAGUCAAUCAGGCAGAGAGAUAUGAGAAAUUCAACCAGAUUUUAACUGCCCUCUCACGUAAAUUGGAGCCUCCUCCUGUAAAGCAAGCAGAGCUUUGA